UGCGGGAAUCCAUACAUUGACCCCUGGCCCUUCGCGGAGACCGCUUUUGAAGAGCCGCAUGUCUUUUAAUGUGUGUUUGUCUUGAUGUGUAAAUAGAUGCGCCCUCUACAGUCGGCCCUCUCUCACUCCUCCUCCUCCUAUACUCCGCUCUCUGACUCCGUAGCUCCUCAUUCACUAGAAGAUGGCGGACUGCGCUCCACUAUUAGAUGAGGAACUCUCGUCCUUUGUCUUCAGUUACCUGACAGAAAACUCCGGCAGCCAGUAUGGGGAGGAGGAGGUGUGUUCGGACCGCUUGGACACAGACUUCCCUGACAUCGACCUCUCCCAGCUGGACACCAGCGACUUCGACAGUGUCAACUGCCUCAGUGAGCUGCAGUGGUGCACCGAUCAUCCAGUGGAUGUGUCACCAGCCUCCAUUCGCUACAGUACGGCAGAUGAGCUCUUCGAGAUAGAAGAGGAGAAUGCGGCUCUGCUGGCCGCUCUGACAGACAGUUUGGAUGGCAUGGUGGAUGCCGAGGUGGGCGGGCUUUCUGUUUUUCCCACUCUGGAGGAGGAGCCCAGUCAAGAGGAGGAGGACGAGCACAGUCUUCCUCUGAGCACCGAGGACUUCAGUCAGCCCCUGGGGGCCGAGACAGAGGACCUAUCUCUUCUAAAGAAGCUGCUGCUGACUCCUCCCAAUGUCCCAACUGGCAUCGAUGUGCACAAAGAUGGCGUCCAAAGCCAUCGCUACAGCAACAGAAGUCUGCGCCUACGGCCAGUCAGACCUCUGACGAAGAGCGACCUCCCUCAGGAGCGCAAGCCCCGAGCGGUGCGUCCCACAGGGCGCCUGUGCACCGAACUCCACCGCCACCUCACCACGGCACACGACACCGACGACUUCCCAGUUCAUGAAACAGAUGAGGGCGAGGAUGAAGAGGAGGACGAGGACAGUGAGUCGGAGGAGGAUGAAGAGGAAGAAGGGGUGGAGGAGGAAGAGGAGGAGUCUUCCAGCAGUGAGGUUGAGGGUGCAGUGGCUGCUGGCCCUGCAGAGCCUGCAGCACCUCAGUUUAGCUCGGAGAAAGAACUGCAGUCAGUUGUUGAUCUGAUCACAUACAUGCACACUUACUGCCUCCCAAUGCGCAAGCAGCAGGGCUGGGACCGCAAGGACCGGGACCUCUCAAAGCCGCGGUUCAAACCCGAUGUCCCCCGCCCAGCCAAUACAAACUCUCACAGCAGAGUUGUACUGGUAAACGCUCCUGGGACUAGUGGGAACCUAAACGGGACAAGCAGCAGCACCCCCAGAAGGCUUCCCUUCGCCAGGCGGAGGGAGAUGAAGGCCAACUCCCUUCUCCGUGAGCUCUUGCAACAGAACAGCUCCUUUGACGUGAGCAAGCCUUACAGACUGCACAGCCCACCUUACGCCCUCUCACACAGCCCCAACAGGGCUGCAGCAUCUGUUCCUCCUCCUCCCCCAGCUAAUAAAUGCCCCCCAGCCCAGUCCUUUAGCUCCACCUAUGCUAAAUCAGAGCUUUGGAAAGUUUCAUCCUCACUUGAUAGGAGAAACGUUUCCUCUGAGCUGCCGCAAAACCUGGAGGAGCCUGCAGAAACCAGUGGGUCCUUCUCCGUUCGCCGCUCCAGACGCCUGGCGUCCUUUCCCAGCCGUUUCGCCAAAAGGUCGCGCCCUACACGAGAGAGGGACGGAGAGGGGAACGAAAAUGAUGAGAAAGGGGAGGAAAAAGCAGGGGAUAGACUCCUGCACACCCAUGCUGGAAUGGGAACCAGGACGGAGGCGCAUCCAGAAAAACUGACAUCUAGCGAUGGCAGCAACACCUCUGAGCUGACCAAAUCCUGCUGCCAUGAAAAGCGAGCCUGUCUCUGUCUGCCACUCAACCCAAAGUCCACAGGAGAGUCCCAGUACAGCACCAGGCCUUAUGAGCAGACGCUCAGUGUGGAUCUGUGUGGAACAGCAGGUCUCACCCCUCCUACCACCCCACCUCACAAACCUGUGGAGGAUGAGCUCUUUAAGCCGACGGAGGGAGGAAAGGGCAGCGGCAGCAAUGAUGUUGGAGGUGGUGGCGAGUCCGUUCACUCGACUUCAAAUGCCAACUCUAACGUUACAGCAAAGGGCUCAGCCUGGCUGAGCCGCUCCCACCACCAGAGAAAGCUUCCAGAACAGACAGAGCUUUACGCCCAGUUGCGCCGCAUGGGUCAGGCAGGCGAUGGGGACACCCAGUGCACCUUCGGUGACCACGACUACUGCGCACUGAGUCUCGGGGAGAGCCGCAAGCGUAGUGCCGCCAUUCUUGGUGCCAUACUCCAGACACAGGGGGGCAAUGAGGGAGAUGACACCCAAUCAUCCAGUGUGGCUGAUAAUCAGGUUUUAGGUGAAAAGGGUAAAGAGAGGGAGGAGGAGAGGCUUGUAAUGACAGAAGUCAUAGAAACACAGGAACAGCAUGCGACAAUGGUGUUAUCAUCAUCACCCCCAUCAGACUGCCAGUCAAUUGCUGCAACGCCUCCAGUUUCUGAGGAGGAGGCGGAGCACUCGUCGGCAUCUCGCUCCCCUUCACCCAUCCUCCACAUGUGUCCUGACUCCCCCUCCAGCAAGACAGACUCCAGUGAGAACUCUGAGAGCUGUCCUGACGACAACCAGGGGAAUAAAGACAAGUCUGACGAGGACAACUGCCAGGUGUUUUACAUCCACAACCUGCCAAACAGGGUGACCGAGAACAUGCUGAGGAGACGCUUCCAAGUUUUUGGCAAUGCAGAGGACUGCAAAGUCAUCAUCUGCAACGAGGAGCGCUGUGGAGUGAUAAAGAUACGUCAGUCAGGGCCUCAGAGACAUCGUAAGGAACGGGAGAUUGUUUUUCAGAAUGCCCCCGCAGGCCUAAGGAGGCUAACAAGGAAACGCUACAUAGAUCUUGAUGAGGCAGGCCCUGGCCCUGUCAAGAGUAAGUAUGAUGCUCUGGACUUUGACACUCUGCUGAAAGAGGCGCAGAAGUCCCUGCACCGUUGACAGUCCAGCGCUGCUGACUGGCCAGCCUUAGUAAACUGCAGCAGAACCCCUCGGACAGCACCCACAGUACCUCUGUGCAAGGCAACCUCGCAAAAUGUUUACAUUUUUACUAUUGGAAUAACGUAACAAAGACCUUGAUUUUUUAAGUCUGUUUCACCGGAGGAUACUGCUUAAAAACAAGGAAGUCACCGCGAGGAGUUAGGAGACAGUAGAGGGGAAAAAGAACUUUAAACAGCAAUGGUACAUCACCUAAAAACUAUGAUGAUACAGUUCUCUGAACAAAGGUAACAACACAGCUGCUUGCUGUCUGUACUGGUGUCGUCUUUACCCUGCCUUGGAAGAACAGGCAUGAGAAACCUGUAGCAAAUCCUUGCUAUCCCUGCGUUGCGUUGGUCGUUGUAGUGUGUGUCGUGUGUGCGUGUUCUUCAUUUUGUUUGUUUUGUAAGCAAAAAAACGAAAAAAUGAGCAAAAACCCUCCCCUUUUCUGGUCACAAAUGGUGAACCUGCAGGCUGUGUUUGCUUGUCUGGUCGUAUAACCAGGACUUGAAAAAAAGACAUCUGUUUUGUUUUAGCGAAUAAUUGUGUAUGUUAUCAAUUUUUAAACUUACUCUGUGUGAGUGUGUGUGCGUGUAUGUGGGUGUGUGUUUGUGUGUGUCUCAUGGACAAAGUAUAUAACAAACACAUUUAAUGUAAUCAACGGAUGACCGAUAAAAGUUUACAAAUGUAAAAUGAAGAAAAAAAGUCAUGUUUUCUUUUUUGUAAUUGUAGUGCUUCCUUGAUUUGAUCUAUGCAGUGUAACAGAGGUAAAUGUCUCCUCUGUCCCCCUUCUGUCUCUAACUCUGCCAUGCUAAAUAUUUAGCUUCUGCUACUGGCUGCUGAAGGCUGUGUUUACUGUAUGCUUAAUUUGAUAUAUUAUUACAGCAAAUUUAGACUGAGGAAGGAGUUGUCACUGGAGAAUGAUUCAGAUUAUAACCUUACCUUGGAAUAGGAUAGGCUUACAAAUUGUCAGAUUAAAAUGAUGGUUGAUUUGGAUACCUUUAGGAUGUUGGCUUCCUUUUUCAAAGUUAAAUGACCACCAUUCACAAUACUAACAAAAGGUUGAAAUAAAAAUGUUUCAUGUGAAAACAGAACAGCAACUAUUACUCGUAUGGAUACAUAUACAACACCACCAAAUUUAGUAUUAGUUUUCAAGUAGGCAUACUUAUUGUGCAGAAUAUUAUCAGUUGUCACUGUUUCGCUCUUUAUAGAGUUACCCAAGUAUAAAAAGCUGAUAUUAGCCGAUUAACUAGUUGGACAGUCUGCUUAUGUAGCCAGCCAGCCAUCAGUUUCCAUCACUCGUAGCUUGCCAACUGUAGUUUAAAACAGCAUUAUCGUAAUAACAGUGAUUUGUUUCACUCAUCACCAUCUGUUUUAGCAUCACUGUUUUCAUGAUGGCACAUAUUUUUACAAACAGCCACAUUUGUCACUGUUGUACACAAGGGACAAAUGCAAUAGCCUUGUUUCAGCCAGCUGACUCUCAGUGUGCAGCUUUAGGUGGGCAUUUUCUCUAGCAUUUCAUUAAUAGGACCUUCAACUAUAGAAACAGUAUGAUGUUUGACCUUGGUUUACUUUGAUACCGGUAACUAACUCAUAAUUAGAAAUAUGGGAUUGUGCUAAGUUGAAAGAAGAAUGGUGGACAGAACUGAACGACGUAGAAGAAAGCUAAUUUACAGGUUACGUAUCCAUUUUUAGUUAGUAAAAGAGAGAUUUUUUAAAAUUCUCUAAGCAAAUUAAGAGCCACCCAGGUCUAUUGCCUCUAACUUUAUUGUCAUAUAUUUUGACUAAGUAGGGUUUCCUGCCUUGUUUUAAAUGGCUAAAAUAAGCUGAGCACUGGUUGCCAGCUUAAGUUCUUUAAGAAUAGAUAAAGUAUUUCUGCUUAAUUUAGAGGAAGUGGAGUCAAGUCCUUACUAUAAUGUCAGUGAAUCAGGGCAAUUUUAUUCUAAAGAGAAAGACAGCUAAUGGCUCAUUGCCAUCACUUGUGAGUGAAAUGUUUGCUGAAAAUAAAUUGCAAUUGUUUUUUGUUUUUUUUAUCCCUCUUAUGCACAUCAGUUUGAUUACAUAUAGGUCAACAUGCAAAUGAAACAAGCGCAUCAAGCACUGUAAAAUUGCAGAUUUUAAUAAGAAUUUACUUUACACCAACUUGAACUAGUUUGCCCUUUUUUGAAAUUUUUCAGAUGAGUUCCAACACAAGAAUGGUCUCCCUCUCUUUAGUACAAAAAGUAUUUGAAAUAACCUGACAAACAUUUGGAGAAAUGUAGAAAAACUGGAAGUUAAAAAGUCAACAUCCUUUAAAAUCUCCUGCCUCACAAUCUUCAUGCAUGUUACAGCCAUGCAAGGUGUUGUCUACACCAGCCUAUGCCAGUCCAAUCAUCCAUCACCUUCAAUUCAGUUAAUACUGAUCAAAGUAGUGAUCUUUGAAAGUAGUGUGUUUAUUUAAGGUUAGUGAACGGUUUUAUAAGCACAAGAUGCAUUACCCAAUAAUAUACUAUGGUCACAGAUGGAGUAUGAUUUUUUUCUAUGAAGCUGAAUGUAUUCAAAGAUUGUGGUGCUUCAAAAGAUGGACUUGCUUAGUCAUCGGAGACCAGAUCUGGUUAGCAACUAGUUUACAUUCCAACAGCAGCCAGCAGCAGCAUGCCUUGAAAAACCUAGAGAGCCAGAGAUCAGCUGAUUAAGAACAAAGAAAGUAACCGGUUGAGAAUUUGAUUUCUCUUCAUCUACCGGGUCAGAUGAGCGUCUCUACCUCACAUCCCUACAUCCCGGACCUGGCCGUGUCUUUGUCAUCGGUUCUCCUGAACGAUCUCCCUCCACCUGAUUUAUCACACAGUAUCCGUGUUUUUUGUUGAAGAUUAAGGCUUUUAGAGCUGAUGGGAGGUGUUGGGUGGUAUAAGGAGUGUGGGUUUAAUUUUGUAAGUUCCUUGCGACAGAAGUAAUCUCUUUCGUAGUCUGUCCUCCGCUUGUCUCAUAACAGUGUUUGUUGGAGUCUCAACGUUGUAUCCUGGUGUAAUUGAAUGUUUUGUCUUUGUCUCGUGUUUGAGUUGGACACUGCUGACACUUAUGCGUCGGUAAAAGGUCAAACAGUGGUCUGGUGAACUGGUAGCUCGUGUGCACUUCAUUGGUGAAGAUUCAAAAUCUUCUUUGAAUGCACUUGUUUUCAUGUUUUCUUCAAGGAAGUGCCACUCCCUCUGUUUUUACCUGCUCGUCCUCUCCUUGCCUAGGACAUCCAAUAAAAACACAGCCUAACUCUUUCUCUAUCUCUAUCUCUAACUUUUCUGUCUCUUUGUGGGUUCAAGGCCUCAUCUCCUCUAGGUCUUCCCUCACAAAGGUUCCACUUUUACCAGAUAACUUUUACCUCAUUCCCCUGUCGUGGUUCUUGUCUUUUCUAUCUAAUCCACAUCUUGGUAACACACACACAAAAAAUUGAAUGUUUACAUCACUAGUUUCUCCUUUGACUUUAUUAGGAACGCACACUAAGUACAAAGGCGCCUUAUUCAGUUCUUAAAAAUAAAAUAACAGCAAGUCAAGAUUCUGUAGAGGAUGCCUUCCUCUCCAGGUUCACAGAUGUCCAAAACUAACACUUUAGUGCUAUACAUACUGAUUGAAAUCAAUAUGUCACCUGUUAAAAAGGACAAAAAAAGAAACAACUUGUGAACAACUGAGUAAGGUUUUGUGCUUAGUAUGUAUACUACUAAAAAGUGAGAGAAUGUGCUGGUUUACAUCUUAAAAAGAUAAUAUAUGAAUAUAUAAUUGUGUAUAUAGCACUAUGCCUCAUUGUAAACAUAAAAUGUAUUGUGUGUUUUUUAUUUAAAUUUUUGGUGGUGGGUCACACUUGAUUACUAAUAAGACAGGUGAUUUCAGGUCAGUUUUGUUUCAGUAUGUUAAUUUUGCUGAGUGCAGGCAGGAAAUGAAGGGAAAAUAACUUCACACAAAGUCCAUCACCACACUGUAGCAAAAAGAAGAUAAAAAAAAAACAACAAAGGUAAAGGUUUCACCAUAGACUACCACACUAGAAGGUUGUAUUUCUUUUCUUAAUGUGUACUUUGCUUUUCCUGUUUUCUUAAAAAGCUAUUUUCCGAUGCAAUACGUAAUAAUCUCAAUACAGCCUGUGUGGAAAACUGAGGUAAUAUUGUACAGUGUGUAGUUGACUGUUGAGCUAUUACACGGGGAAUCAUUAAGCUGUGGAAUAAGUUUGCUGCUGUACUGUAUGUAGACUGCCAUUUUAAAAAUAAUCUACACGAAGAAUGUGGUCAGUAAGCAGAUAAAUGGAACAUGUUAUUCUAACGUUCUCACUGCACAAAUCAUCCUACUUGGUGAAAUACCUUCACUGUAUUUUCUUCUGCAAAGCUGUUGUAACUAUAUUAUUACCACAUUUUGAUGAUGCACAGAUUUGAUUUGAAUCUGAGUUGCUUACAGCACUUACUUUACAGCCAAUAACGAUACAUGUAUAUCUUUGGUAAAGGAAUGUGGCAGGGAGGUGUUGAAGAAACGCUAGUUUUAACCCCACUGAAAAUGUUCCCACAGCUGAUGCUGGUGCUGUAGAAAUCCUAGUUUCACUGCUUCACCUUACUUUGGACAGAAAAAGGUCAAAGUGGGAGGGUACAUUCUUCUUGAAAACAUUUAGCAAUUAUGCAGUUCAGGGUUUCCUUGCGGAUGACCAGUCGAAAACGUAAAGGUGGAGCAUACACGUCUUUUCACGUAAAUUAAAGUUCAGCCUUGAGCCUGCGGUACUUCUUGGGUUUCUACAGUGACUGCCGCUGUGCCUGUGAGGGUGUUUAAGGGUUAAAUGGAAUCAGAACAAUCCAAUGUUUAUCAUGGCAAGCCUUAAAACUUAGUUUGGGGGGGGAAACAAAGCUAUCCUUAGCUUUUAAUAUUACUAUUUAAACUUCUUUCCAAUUCAACAUGAUUUAUUAUUAAAUAAUUACUGAAGUAAUUUUUUCAAUAGCCAUACUAUAAAAAAGGUAUAUACAUAUAUAUGAAUAUAUAUAUAUAUUUGUGUGUUUGUGUAGAUAUCUAGAUUAUUAUAUACUUUCUUAUAGAAAACUUUGAUGUGGGUCAUUCUUCGCAGUGUUUGGAGAACACGUUGACACAUUUGAACAUUAAUAACUGCUGUCUAUUUGGUCUAGGUUGUAGGUCAAUAGGCAGCAAAUCCAAAUAAACAAAAAAAAAACGUUCUCUAAAAACAAACUUCCAAAGGGAAUUACCCUCAUAAGAAUGCAAUAUCUUUUGUCCCACUCUUCAUUUCAGAAAAAAAUGGAAAAUGGUCAAAAAACAAACUUCUUAAUAGGCUAACUGAUAUAUAAAAAAACAAAUUAUAAAGAGCAAUGAUCCACCAGGGGUCCUGAGAUUCAGUUUUAGAUGUUACGUUUUUAAUGCCAUGGCUCAGUAAGACUUUGCAUCACUCACUGUUUGUUUUAAGCCAUGAAAUAACCCCCGACUACGACAGGAGUGCUUGCAAUAUGGGCCAAGUUAAAAUGAAAUAUUUAAAGAACCUAAUGGCUAAUAUGGCAAACUAAUGUCGACACUGAUGUCAAACAGAUACUUAUUUGGGACUGUAAACUGUCAAAUCUGCUUAAUGUGAGUGGGUGUUUUUUUCUUCAUAUUUUUUUUGGAGGGAAGUGGAUAUAAAGGGCAUAUGUUUAUGUUGUUUUUCAUUACUUUUCAUUUCAUUAUCUCUUCACAUCUAAAGACUAUCAAAUUUAAAAAUGAUUUUUUUUUCACUUCUUUUUUAACCUGGUUCUUUUUCUGGUAAAACAAAGUAAAAACUGCUAGUGAGAUUUUAUAUUUUUACAUAUGUUUCUUUUAUUUUAUUUUAUUCUUUAUUUAUAUGCCACUUAGUUUUGAUGUCUUCAAAGGGUGUUUUUUUUCUGUUGUGUAAUUUCAUAUGUCUUGAGAAUGUGGAGACAAAGGCAUUUCAGUAUUUUUGAAUUGUUAAAAUCUAGUUUCAUAGAAGCUAAAGUAUCUGAUGUUAUAAAUUAUAUUUUAAUUCAUGUAAAUAGUUUAAAACAGACGACUAUGGCUUCCUUUUAAACUGAAUACAUUUCUCUUCAGAGAUUGUUUACAUUAUGAAACUGUAGAGAUGUGCUCCUCAUAUACUGUAUAAAGUACAUAUAUUCAUUGAUUUGCCUCCAAAAAUAAAAUCCUAAUGAACAACA